GCUAAACGAGUGAGCUGAGAUGAAAGAUAAGGUGGUGCCCUGCGUUUUGUUCAAGAAAUAAACUGCAGAAUGCGAGAGGAUAUAAAUGGUUAAAGGAAAAACUAUUCUCUAGAGGGAUUGCAGGAAAACCUGGAAGAGCGGAGUUAGAUUCUAGUGGCCCAGGAAAGGAUCAGAGAGGUGGAGUCGACUCCCGAGCCAGUGGAAUUUGCUCUGCUUUUGGCACCGCCUUACUGGCGGAGUGUACGGUUACAGCGGAACAGGUUCCUCCACUUCAUGCUCAGUUCCCGGAGACAUGAACAGGGACGAGAUUCACCUGGACAUGUGGCGAUCGCGAAAGUCCGACUGCUCGGAAAUGAGUAGCCUCAGCUUACCGGGGAACAUGAGGCGAGGGGGUUCAGACACGAACCUUAACCUCAGCAUGAUUAAUGGCCUGCUGGACUUCCAGAGCGACAGCCUGACAACAGACAAGCUGAAGCAGAAGAUCCUGAAGGUGACGGAGCGGCUGCGGAUUGAACAGGAGAUGCGGGAUGCCAACGUGGCUGAGUACCUGAAACUGGUGAACAAUGCUGACAAGCAGCAGGCACGCCGCAUCAAGCAGGUCUUCGAGAAGAAGAACCAGAAGUCCGCCCAGACCAUCGCCCAACUGCAGAAGAAGUUUGACCACUACCACCGCAAGCUGAAGGAGGAGGAGCAGAGCGGGCCCAGGAUCUCCAGGGAGGGGCUGAGGGGCUCACAGCAGAACGUGAGGGACGUGGACAGCAGCACCACACGGCUCGCCACCAGCGCUGCCAGCGGACUGGGACUGGAGACCGGGCGCGGCCUUCCAGGGCUGACCCUGACACCGCCCGCGUUCGUCUUCAGCAAGCCGCGGGAGAUUGCCAACCUGAUCCGCAACAAGUUUGGCAGCGCCGAUAACAUCGCCCACCUGAAGAGCAACCUGGAUGACUUCCAACGGGACCCAGGGCAUCGUGCCCUGAGUGGCAGUGCCGUGCUUGUGUCCAAGGUAAAGUACACCAGUGACGACGAUGGCUCCAGUGGCAGUGUCUCCGGGGACAGCAAUGGUACCUCCGACUUCGGGGUCAAAGGGGCAGCCAGCCCAAAGUCUGGCUCGUUGGAGAGGGAGCGGAGCAGGCUGUCCGGGGUUCUGGAGGAACUUCGGGAGUUGAAGGAAACGCAAGCACAGCUGUCAGAGGCGAUGGAAAAUUUAAAGGCUCAGUUUAACAGAGAGUUUGGCAUCGUCACCGAAACACUACAGGAGGAACACUACAGGUUGGCAAAUUUGGAAGAUCAGCUGAAUGACCUCUCUGAGCUUCAUCAGCAUGAGACAAUGGACCUAAAGCAAGAGCUGGCAAGCAUCGAGGAAAAAGUCGCCUAUCAGUCAUAUGAACGGGCCCGUGAUAUUCAGGAAGCACUGGAGUCAUGCCAGACUCGCCUCGCCACCCUGGAGUUACAUCAACAACAGCAGCAGGUGGUGCAGAACGAAAAUGCCAAUGCCAAGGUGCUGCUGGGGAAAUGUAUCAACGUUUUACUGGCCAUCGUAACCGUCAUCCUUGUCUGUGUCUCCACAGUUGCCAGAUUCAGCAUUCCUCUCAUGAAGAGCCGUUUGCACAUCAUGUGCAUGCUCUGUACAGUGAUAUUCAUUCUCAUCUGUUGGAAAAAAUGGGAUCAGCUUCAGUGUCUAACAGAACAUAUUUUUACAUAUCAACUGUGAUUUCGAAUUCUUGUCAAGCAAAUUUUACUUUGAAAUUAAAGAAAAAAUCUAGAUAAAGGAAUUUAUAACAUGAUUUCCACCUUGAUUACCAACAUUAAAUAGGAUUUGGAAAGUGAAUUAUUUGACGUGUGCAGUAUAUUAUUUAUUGCAAGAUUCUCUCUAAGAUCUGUUCCUGCUACAGCCAAUGCCUCAUGGCGUCCUUUUACCUUCCGCUGAUUGUCACUUCUUGUGUGAAAUGAUCCUUUGAACAGAGUUGACUAGUGAGAAAUGAAGCCAUCACUGGUCUUUGAUCACAUAAUAUUUUACAGACCAACCGGAAACCAGCAAAAGUGGGGUGAGAAAAAUGGAACAAGAAUAUCGUCAUUUGUUUUACUUGAAUGCCUGCACCUUACGUCCUGAAAGAGGGAGAGCCAACCAAUGGACAAUGUAUGGAUGGUGGAAAGUUCACAUGAUGACUGCGUUUCUGCUCACCUAUGUACAAGUCAUCUUUUCCACCAUCUUACUCAGCUUCGAGGCUUAUACCAUCUAUCAGGAAAUAAUACUUUCUAUAAAACCAGUUCUGUAAAUAAACAUUUCUAUGCCAGCUCUGUGGAAAAUCUGUCUAGUGAAUGUAUUCUCUCUAAUUUUUAUCUGUACACCUGCUGGACCACAAGAGAAUUAAUAUCUCUGUGCUAUGUACUUGUUAAGUAUUUGUCAUAUGUAAUUACUUCGGGGGGAGCAAUUUGAAUACACUAGUACUGUAUAGUCAACUUUUAAUCUCAUGAAGUACACUUAAUUGUAGCUCUUAUAGAAUUUGUCUUAAGUUUAUGCUUUUAAAUGUAUGUACGUAUAUUUAUGUGUGGGGAAGUGCAAUCUCUGUCUAACCAGAAGUGCUCAGAACCAGGCCUGUUAUUGUGCUGAAAGGCAAGUACAUUCAAUAUAAGAACAGUUAGUUCAUAUUUAAUAUACAUGAGUUCGGCUUUGUCUCACCAACCCUAACGAAGAGUUAUAGAGGGGUGGGAAACAGAGUGCCAGAAGAGAUAGUGGAGCGGUUGUGGAGAAAGAUGUUGUUGAGCCUAUAUACAAGGUCAGGAAUGAAAACAUUGAGCGUGGUUGGACUUGUAUUUUGACCUGCAUAUACUUCAAUGCAGGGAAUAUUAUAGGAAAGGCAGAUGAGCUUAGGGCAUGGAUCAGCACAUGGAAUUAUGAUACUGUGGCCAUUUUUGCAGGAGGGGCAGGACUGGCAGAUCAAAGUCCCAGGCUUCCGUUGCUUUAGAUCUGAAAGAGUGGAAGGUAUUAAAGGGGGAGGAGGGGACAGACUGGAGAGCUUGUCUAGUGAGGCUUUGUGGUAGAACUGAGGAAUAACAAAGGUGUGACCACAUUAAUGGGAUUGUGUUACAGGCUAGCCAACAGUUUGCAGGAUUUAGAGGAGCAAAUUUGCAGAGAGAUUGCAGAUUUUUGCAAGAAACAUAAGGUUGUGAUAGUAGGUGAUUUUAACUUUCCACAUAUUGACUGGGACACCCAUACUAUAAAAGCACUGGAUGGAAAAGAGUUUGUCAAAUGUAUUCUGGAAAGUUUUCUUAUUCAAUACAUAGAAGUCCCAACUAGAGAGAGUGGGAUAUUAGAUUUCCUGUUGGGGAAUGAGACGUAGCAGGUGACAGAAGCUUAUGUAGGGGAAUGCUUUGCAUCUAGUGAUCAUAAUGCCAUUAGUUUCAAAGCAAUUAUGUUAAAAGAUAGGUCUGGUCCUCAGGUCAAGAUUCUAACAUGGAGAAAGACCAAUUUUGAUGGUAUCAGAAAGGAUCUGGGAAAGAGUGGACUGGGACAGGUUGUCUUCUGGCAAUGGUGUACUUGGUAAAUGGAAGACCUUCAAAAGUGAAAUUUUGAGAGUACAUAUUUUGUAUGUUCCUGUCAGAAUAAAAGGUAAAGAUGACAGGUUUACAGAAUCUUGGUUUUUGAGAGAUAUUGAGGCCCUGGUUAAGAAAAAGGGGGCGGUACAUAUUAAGUAUAGGCAAGCAAGAACAAAUGAGGUAUUUGAGGAGUAUAAGAAAUGAAAGACAACACUUAAGAAGGAAAACAGGAGGAGUAAAAUAAGACAGGAGGUUGUCUAGCAGACAAGCUGAAGGAGAAUCCAAAGAGCUAAAGGUAUUUUAACAGCAAAAAGAUAGCAGGGGACAAAACUGGUCCUCUGGAAGAUCAGAGUGGUUAUUUAUGGAUGGAGCCGGAAGAGAUGGGCAAGAUCUUAAAUGGAUUUUUUCCAUCUGUACUUACUCGGGAGAUGACACAGAAGAUUAGAGAGGAUCAGGUGUUUACUGUCUGAGGCAAAUUAGGGUGGAUAAAUCUGUAGGACCUGACAAGGUGUUCCCUUGUAUGCUGUGGGAGGCUAGUGCAGAAAUUGCAGGGGCAGUAGCAGAGAUCUUUAAAGCAUCUCAUGGGUGAGGAUAGCUAAAGUUGUUACAUUGUUUAAGAAAGGCUCUAAGAAUAAGCCAAGAAUAGGCCAUUCAUCAAUAGAGGGAAAAUUAUCGGAAAGUAUUCUAAACAACUGGAUAUAUAAGUAUUUGGACAGAAAAGAAUUCAUUAGGGAUUGUCAACAUGGCUUUAUGCAUGGUAAGUUGUCUAGCCAAUUUUAUAGAAUUUUUUGAAGAAGUUACCAGGAAAGUUGAUGAAAGCUGGACUUCAGCAAGGCUUUUGACAAUGUCACAUAGGGUCAUAAAGAAAACUUCUGGUACAUUGGCCUUCAUAUAGCUGUGUAUUGUAUACAGGAGUUGGGAUGUUAUAUUGAAAUUGUAUAAGAUGUUGGUGAGGCCUAAUUUGGAACACUGUGCGCGUUUUGGUCACCUACCUACAGGAAAGGUGUAAAUAAGAAUUGGUAAAAUGCAGAGAAAAUUUACAAGGAAGUUCCCAGAGUUUGGAGAUCUGAGUUACAGGGAUUGGUUAAAUAGGUUUGGACUUUAUUCCCCAGAACAGGGGUUCUCAACCUGUUUUAUGCCAGAACCCCUACUAUUAACCGAGAGGUCUGUGGACCCCAGGUUGGGAACCUGUAGGUAAACACCAAGAUCCACUGUGGCUAUCUAUAUUCCUAGCAAGUAAUCAUAUAAUAUAAAACAUCCUGCCAGGACUGACUACCAUGAAGCAUUCUGCAGCUUGUCCAGCCACAGCCAGACAAUCCAUUCAAAUGUGAUCUUCAGGAGGUGUAUCUUCCCUUCCAGGUGAGCCAGGUCCAUUAUCAAAUAUAAGCAACACCCUUGGCCUCCUGAAACUAUUGAAGCAAAUAUCUGUCACUUUUCAUUAUGAACGCUUGUUUUCAGAUCACAAAUGAGAUGCUGAUUUCCAGCAGUUUUGUUUCAACCUCAAACUCAGAUGAUAACCACAGAUGAGUGCAUACGAAUAGAUUAGGAAAUGUAGAAUUUCAACGAAGAAAAUGUUUCAAUUCAGCAUUAAUGCAAUUCUGCAAUAUACAUUCUUUAAUCAUGCUAUCUUUUACAAAGAUAUGUGAACAAGAGUUUAAUUUAUAAUUUAAAAGUAGUACAUCUACAAACCAACAGAAACUCUUUUCUCAAGCCCUCUAAAAGCUGUACCAUUCAGCCUGAAGAAGGUAGUACAGUAAUUAAAAUGGUUCACUUCCUUCUCACCCCAGACUCAGGUUUAUUAUCACUUUCAUAUGGUAAUAUGUCGUGAAAUUUGUUGUUUUGGGGCAGUGUUCAUGGGUUCCUGGUCUGUUCCUUUGUGGGCCUUAAGGCUCCUGCAUCUCCACCCUGAUGUUAGUAUUGGGAAGAGACAGUAUCCAAUAAUGGAUACUGCCUUUUGGAAGCAUCAUCUUUUGAAGAUUUCUUCACUGGUGGGCAGGCUAGUGCCUUUGAUGGAGCUGGCUGAGCUUACAAACCUCAGCAGCCUUUUCCGAUCCUCUGCAUUGGCACCUCCAUAUCACAUGCUGCUGCAACCAGUUAGAAUGGUGACAUACCAAAUCUCCUCAAACUCCUAAUGAAAUAUAGCCAUUGACAUGCCUUCUUUGCAAUUGCAUCAAUAUGUUGGGCCCAGGAUAGAUUUUCAGCUCCCAUACACUCUCAGGGACAGUUGUGUGACCUUUCUCCUUUUAUGUCACCAGAAAUAGAAAAAUAGCAAACUGUUCAAUACUCUCAGUUACUAUUUCAGAUAUUGAUGGUGAUUUAGAUAUUUCUACCACACAUAUAAUUACAAGUUAGCUCAGAGGUGGGAUAUGCAAAUAAUGUGUCAUUAGGCACAGCAGUGUGCAGUCAGCUGCUAGGUUACUGGAGAGAAACAUACAAUGCAAAUUCUGUUGCACAGGCUUUGAUUAGCGGUUAAACAGCAGCCCACAGAAGGCAACGGAUGGGUGCUCACAGUGAAAUGUUUGGUGCACAGGCAGUCCUGCUAGAAACUCUGCAAAUAAAAGUGUGGUGCCACUUAUAACAAGGUUUUUUUGCAAUCACUGAGUUCAGUCCCAGUCUGUUUUGAAAUGGUUCACAACUCUGUUAAUUUACUAAACGUAGUGAUAACCCCUGUGAUGGUGGAUGCCCUAGCUUCCACUGCAACACAAGCAGACUCCAUUUAAUAUCUGGCUGCUGUAGUCUUAAUCAGUUCAGACUAUGUGGACACAUUGUUCAAGGUAUUUGCAGAGUCUCAUUGAGAGUUUCAAAAUGGAUCCUCCUACAAAUCACCAGGAACAUUGAGACACUGCUGCUCCAGUUUGGCAGUGUCUCCAAACAACACUAACCUGUGGUCCUCUCCUAGAAUUAUAAGUUGCAUUAAUAGAGUAGAUGGUCAGAUCCUUCUUCCCAUAUUAGAAGUAUUAAAAGCACGACAGUAUAGGCUUGUGGUGACAGGAAGGAUUUUUAAAAGGGUUUUCGGCUGGAUUUAGAACUCACUGUCAAAGAAGUUGGUGGAGCUUUAUGCAAUCACCACGUCUCAAACAUUUUGAUAGGCAUUUAAAUAAGCAAGGCAUACAAGAGUGGAGAUCUAAUGCAGACAAUUAAGAUUAAAGUAGAUGGGCUGAAUGGUCCAUUUCUGUGCACUAUAACUAAUGGCUGUUAGAAAGACAUGAACUGACAGAGAAAUGCAAUCUGAAGAGGACUUUCUCACUCAAAGCUCCUCAAGACUGUCUUUGCAACUAGAAGCCCAUAUUUGUCACCUAAGACACCGCAGUUUCUGGUAAUCAAAGCAUGACAGUUGGAAGAGACAAAGGUAUCCAAGGAUAGCAGUGAAGGUAGUGAAUUGAUUCUGUGUGCAUUUUGAUUUUUGAACUUAGUUUGGACUGAACUAUUUUGUGUUGUAAAGGUUUAAAGGUUAGCUAUAUUUGUCAUACGUACAUCGAAACAUACGGUGAAAUGAUUUGCUUGUGUUAAAUCAGCGAGGAUUAUGUUGAGCACCUUUUAAGAGUCACUACCCUUCCAGUGCCAAUGUAACAUGUCCACAACUUACUAACCCAAACCAUACAUCUUUGGACUGUGGGAGGAACCCAGCGCACCCAGAGAAAACCCACAUGGUCACGGGGAGAACGUACAAACUCCUUACAGACAACGGUGGGUAUAGAAUUCUGAUCUUUCAGCCGGCACCGUAAAAUGAUAGCACUAACCAUUAUGCCACUGUGCCACCCAUUUCAUUUUGGAAAUUAAACCAGCAGCUACGAGGAGAUCAGCCACAGAGGGAAAGUGACCUGUGGGACAGUAGGUGCUUGUGGUUUAUUAAUUAUAGAGUUGAAAAUGAUAAGGUGCUCCUGUCAGCGAUGGGCCUCCAUCUACGACAAAGAUGCUUGCCGUAUAACUGGUAGCAAGGACUGAGCCAACACCUAACGAGGUUUGGUAGCAUGCAACCAGCCACCACUCAUCAGCUCUCAUUGCAACAGUUACUGAAGACUCCUCUGGAUCAGGAUGGGUAGAAUUAUUUCACAACAUUAGUUGUCCAUUGUGCUGUGUAGCAACAUCACAUUCAUUAUAAAGUCACAGAACAGUACAGCACAGAAAUCGGCUCUUCAGUCAAUCCAGUCAGUGCCAAACUAUUACUCUUCCUUGUCCCAUCAAACUGCACCUGGACCAUAGGCUUCCAUAUCCCUCCCAUCCAUGUACUUAUUCAAACUUCUCUGGUGUUAAAAUCAAACCCGCAUUCAGUAUUUCCACUGACAGCUCAUUCCAUUCUCACCAUCCUCUGAGUAAAUAAGUUUCCCUCAUGUUCCACUUUUAUUUCACCUUUCACCCUUAACUCAUGUCCUCUAGUAUUAGUCUCACUCAACCUAAGUGGAAAAAGCAUGCUUGCAUCUACCCUAUCUAUACCCCAUAUAAUUUUGUAUACCUCUAUCAAAUCUCCCUUCAUUCUCCUACACUUCAGUGAAUAAAAUCCUCACCUAUUCAACCUUUUCCUCUGACUUAGGUCCUCAAGGCCCGGCAACAUCCUUACAAAUUCUCUCUGUACUCUCAAUCCUAUUGAAAUCUUUCCUGUAGCUAGGCGACCCGGACUAUGGUCACAUACAGAUUAUAUGCACUUUGAUAAUAAAUUUACUUUGUACUUUGAACUAAUGGAAAAUGUUCAACAAUGAACCAUUAGAACUAUGUCCCAUUAGCUAUGAAGAGUAGCUCCAUUUCCAUAGGAAGUUUGUUGGAGGUAUGGUGCAACACUGUGAUGACAAAGACUGGGGAAAGUGUUGAGCCAAUGACACAGAUGUGUUCAACACAACUGACCAAUCUGCAAUUUGUUGAUCAUCCACUUACAGUGUAAAUUUACACAGAACUGGUCAGAACAUUUUCUUGUACAGCUGUGUGAAGUUAGUCAAAUUAAAUUUAUUAUCAAAGUGUAUUCUGUAUAUGUCACCUUGAGAUUCAUUUUCUUGCAGGCACUUACAGGGAGAGAAAGAAAUACUGUAGAAUUUAUGAAAAAAUAUACAUAAAGAAUGACAAACAACGUACAAAAGAAGACAAAUUGUGCAAAUAAAAAACAAUUCUGAGAACAUGAUUUGGAGAGUUUCUGUAAGUGAUUCUGAAUUAGUUCAGAGUCAAAAUGUUAUCCAUGUUGGUUCAGGAGCCUGAUAGUUGUAGGGUAAUGAUUGACCACAGUAUGAUAUUAAAUUAGGAUUGAAUACUAAUCAAACUUACAACAGGCCUACUCUCUUUACUGCUGAAAAAUAUGGCGAUAUGGCAGGAUGAUUAACUUGGGGAAACCAGAAUCAAUGAUGACCUCACUGAAUGGUACUCCAGCUUCCUCUUUGGAAUCAGACACACAGCAUUACUUAGGGAAGUGCAUAACAGCUCACUAAUGUCUUCAUGGAAAUCUUCAACACUUCACUUAUCUAGGCUGCUGUCCCCACAUGCUUCACAUCAGCCACCUGUACGCAAGAACUCUAUACCUUCAAAACCAAACAACAACCACCUGGUGGCAUUAGUGCCAAUCAUCAUGAAGUGCAUUGAACAGCUUGUAAUGGCACACAUCAAUAACUCCAGUUCUGCCACGUUAGACACUCACCAACAUGCUUAUCGACAGAACCGCUCUACAAAAGAUGUCAUAACAUCUUCAUGCACCUGGAAAACAAAGUUAGUUAUGUCAGAAUGCUGCUUCUAGGUUCAGUUUGGCAUUCAAUACUAUUAUCCCACAGACCUUGCUGAACAACCUCAUACUCCUCAGUCUAAAUAAACCACUGUGCAACUGGGUGUUUGACUUCUUAAUCAACAGACCCCAAAUAGUCAAGAUGCAAAGCCACUUCUCUCUCCUCAUGCAGGAAGGCUGAUCAACAUCUCCACCCACUAACUCACCUCUCCACACCAAUAGUUUACCAUUUGCUGUCAGUCACUUUAUGUACAGCACUUAUGUGCUUAGCAUCACAUUAAGGACAUACAAUCAAUCUAUGUAUAUAAGCUAACGAAUGUAUUUAUAGUGUUUUUUUGUGCUGGAUCAGAUCUGGAGUAACAAUGAUUUUGUUCUCCUUUACACUUGUUUUCUGGAAAAUGACAUUAAACAAUCUUGAAUCUUUUGCAGAAUAUGUAACCUUGCUAAGAAUAUCCCUCUGUCCCUCUCACUAUACCCCCUGCCCAUCCUCUGGGUUUACCCCCCUCCCCCUUUUCCUUCUCCCUGGGCCUCCUGUCCCAUGAUCCUCUCAUAUCCCUUUUGCCAAUCACCCGUCCAGCUCUUGGCUCCAUCCCUCCCCCUCCUGUCUUCUCCUAUCAUUUCAGAUCUCCCCCUCCCACUCCCACUUUCAAAUCUCUUACUAGCUCUUCUUUCAGUUAGUCCCGAUGAAGGGUCUUGGCCCGAAACGUCGACUGUACCUCUUCCUAGAGAUGCUGCCUGGCCUGCUGCGUUCUCCAGCAACUUUUAUGUGUGUUGCUUGCUAAGAAUAUGUUUCCUUUGGGAGUGUCCAAAGCACAACCUCAGAAUAAAUGGAUGUCUCUUUAGAACUGAGAUGAGCAGGAAGUUCUUCAACCAGAGGGUUGUGAAUCUGUGGAACAGAUUGCCACAGGGGGCUUUGGAAGCUAAGUCAUUAAAUGUAUUUAAGACAGACUGAUAUUUUCUUGAUUGGUAAGGGGUUUAAGGUUUAUGGGGAAAUGGCAGGAGAAUGGGAUUGAGGAAAACAUUCAGCCAUGAUUAAAGUUGGUGGGCAGAUGGCCUACUUCUGCUACUGUAUCCUGAUAAUGCUGUUUAUUUUAGCUAAUUGUUGAACCCACCACUUUGGUGCAAUAUGUUAAAUCUGGGGACAAGUUACUCACACCUGGAAUUUUGUGAAAACUAACUUCAUUGAUUAACAACCAUGCUAACUCAUUGGGAACCUUCCAUUAGAACAUAACAGGAUUUUGCUUUUAUCGCCAUUGUUAUUGGAUCAGCCUAUUAUAUAUUUUUUCAAUAA